AUGGCUCAAUUCAUGCUGCCCAUUCGGCGACGAAAAAUUUAUAAGGCUAGAAGGCAAGCUGGUGCUUCUACUUAUAAAGCUAUGUACCGAUUUGAAGAAGACAACGUAGAGUACCUAGCCGACGUGUUUUUGGGCGAAAACAAUGAACGAAGGGGAGGUGCUUUGACACCAAAACAAAAAAUACAAAUAUUUUUAAGGUAUGUCGGUGGUCUUGGUUUUCAAGUUGGUGUUGGUGAGGACAGUGGUACCCAUCAAAGUUCAGUCUCCAGAACCGUAAAAUUUGUUAGUGAAAAAAUCUACGGAAAGGUAAAUCAGUGGAUUCAAUUUCCAGCAGAACAGGCUGAAAUCGACGCAGCUAGACACCAAUGGCAAGAAGUAUUUAAUUUUCCUUUUGUUAUUGGCGCUCUAGAUUGCACUCAGAUUAAAAUUAAAAAACCUUUAGAACAUGGAGAUGAAUACAUAUGCAGGAAGCAGUUUGCUUCAAUAGACGUACAAGCUACAUGUUCUGUGCAUGAUAGUAGAAUUUGGAGAAAUUCUUCAGUAUUACCCAUUAUUUCGAGAUAUCAAGGACAAGCCAUCCUCUUAGGUGACUCGGGUUAUGCCGUUGCUCCUUGGUUGAUAACUCCCUACAGAAACCCAAGAAACCAGGUUGAAAUACACUUUAAUAACAUGCACAAAAGAAACAGAGUGAUUAUCGAAAGAUGUUUCGGUCAAGUGAAAAAACGAUUUCCAAUUUUGAUGAAUGAUAUUAGGGUUCGUUUGUCUAGAAUACCAAAAUUGAUAGUUUCUUGUUUUGUUCUGCAUAACGUUUCUAAAUUUGUAAAUGAUGUAAACGACUUUCCUGAUAUUCCUCUUGAAGAAGAUGAUGAAAUUGUAGAACACGAAAACCACAAUCCAAUUCAAGGAAUUCAACGCAGAAAUGAAUUGGAUCAAAUUUUGUAUGCCCAAAGAUAA